AUAGAACUAGAAAAGGAAGUAAAAAAAAUUAUAACUCAUGAUGAGUCAAUAAUUUUUUAAUUAUACUAAAUAUAUAAAUAUUAAGGCUUUUCAUAUAUCGAUCACUUAUAUCAAAAUGUUUCAUAUAAAAAAUAUUUGUAAUUUUAUCACAGUAUAUGUAUAUAUUGUAUCUUUUUACAGUUAUAUAUUAAAAUUAUUGUUUAUUUUUUAUUAAUAUAAUUUUAAAAGAAAAAAACUAACUAUAAACUAUGAAAAAAUAAAGUUAAGUGAUACAAAAAAUUUAUUAUGAAAUUUAUUAUGAAAUAAAAAUUUUAUAAAAAAAUUGUUUUUAAUUUUUUAAUUCUAAAGAUUAUUAUAUUUAAAAAUAUAUUAAUAUUUAAAUUUUUAUAAAUAAAUAAAUAUAGUUAUUUAAAAAUAAAUAUUUUACAGUAAAUAUUAAUGUAUAUAUAAUAACAGAUAAUCAAGAUUAAUUUUACUCCCAUUCACAGUUGUUCAAGUUUGUUAAGAUAGAAAUGGUAUUUUCAAGACAUAAAAUAUAUAUAUUUAAAUAAUUAUAUAUUUAAUAAACAUUGUGUUUGUUAUCAUGUGGGCUGAUACUAUUUUAAUUGUAUUUAUUAGUAUCUGUACAGCAUUAUUAGGAGAAGGUUUAACAUGGUUAAUGGUUUAUAGAACAGAAAAAUAUCAAAAAUUAAAGGCUGAAAUAGAAAAACAAAGUAAAAAAUUGGAGAAAAGAAAAGAAGCACAUGGAGAUUCAUUAGAUAAACAACAGAAAAAAAAAAUUGAACGAGAAGAAGAAAGAUUAAAAAAUAAUAAUAGAGAUUUAUCUCUUGUAAAAAUGAAAUCAAUGUUUGCAAUUGGAUUUGCAUUCACAGCUCUUUUAAGUAUGUUUAAUAGCAUUUUUGAUGGUAGAAUUGUGGCAAGAUUGCCUUUUGUUCCAAUUAGUUGGAUACAAGGUUUAUCACAUAGAAAUCUUCCAGGAGAUGACUAUACAGAAUGUUCAUUUAUUUUUUUAUAUAUAUUAUGUACUAUGAGUAUUAGACAGAAUAUUCAAAAAAUGCUUGGAUUUGCUCCCUCUAGAACUGCAAGUAAACAAAGUGGAAGUAUUUUUGGUCCUCCACCUCAGCAAUUUAAAUAAAUUUGAGCAAAUAUUAAAUUAUAAAUUCAUAUAUAUAUAUAUAUAUAUAUAUAUAUAUAUAUAUAAAAUUUGUUAUUUAAUUAUUAUUUAAAUUUUUAUACUAUAAACCUUGAUAAAAUAUUUAAAUGUUUAUGAAUAAUUAAUAUUAAAGUUAUAAUUAAUAUUGAUUAAAAUUACAUAUAUUACAAUAUAAAUUUGCUAUAUUACUAUAUUACACUUGCUCUAUUUAAUUAAAUAUAAUAAAUUAAGUAUUCAGUA